GCAAAUUAAUUACAUCUCAAAACUUCUUAUGUCAGGAUCAUCGUAAAACAAUGAUCCUGGACUAGAUCUCAAUCCCAUCAUCAGGGCAGAAUGAGUAUAAACAAGGGCAUGGACUCCCAAUAAAUUAGCUGCAUGAAAGAUGGAACCACAAGGGGGCGUCCCUGCUUCACUGUACUGCAGUAGCUUCAAUCUUGACUGGACAGGCAGUGGUGUAACGAGAAUGUAGCAAAGUGGAAAAAAAGAAAACAUUACGCCAUAAGUUUGCACUUUUAUUAAAGAAACACAUUCUCUGUUUUUGCAGACUAAAUUUACACCAAAUGACAGUUGUUUACUUCAGUGUGAGAUUUAUUUCUCAGUUUCCAACAGUGAUCAAGUCUGGCUCAAGGAGCUGAUGGGCCUUUGGCCAAAGAAGUCCUCUUCCAGUUGUUUUGUGCCAAGUAGCAGCAGUGAGUGUAAGGGCAGUCUGGACAGCUGGAGCUCAAAAGUCACUUCCCGCCUUUACUGCUCAAUCAAGAAGAAGAGCCAAGCGGCCUUUCAAAGCCGACUACGUUUCAGAGCGCAUCUCCCGGAGCAGGGAGGAGGGGACAACUGCGUGGAUUGCCCGGCAUGGCACCAUCAGGGGAGGGGCUGUGUUCAGACCCGAGUUCGCACCAAAAGAGAUCAAGAUUGUCCGCUGGAGGGAACGCUUGAGGACAAAGCCAAGUUUUCACACUUCCUGGAUGAGGUGACAUCCAAUGUGCUUGAUCCAAACAGCUUGCGGGCAUUUGGGAAAGCAACUAGAGGUGCGCAUCAGGACCAGGACCAAACGGUGACCCAAAGGAUCCCCAGGCUUUCCUGUUCAAUGGCCCAGCUGCAGGAUUUCUUACUGGAGCUUGAGGACCAGUCUCCAAUCGACCUGCCUCCAAAAACCUAUCUGGAGACAGACAUUGACAUAGUGAGGAGAGAUGACCAGCCAGAAGAUCCGGAGAUCAAACCUGACACUCCACCGCCAUUACUGGUGGAUGAACAAAAUCUCAUUCCACCCCCUCCAAAUUUCUGCCAAGGAUUUGAAAUGAAACGUUUCCAGGAAUCGAAUCACAGCUCCCCCGGAUACCCCUCUAGAUCCAUCUCUCUGCCCAGAGGCAUCAACAUGGUGUGUGACGAUGGCAUGAAGCACGCAGACAACAUCAGCUCAUUGCUGGAGCAGAAGGAAGACCUGCGGAAGCGACUCUCCUACACCACGCACAAGCUGGAGCUGCUGCAGAAUGAGUUUGACGCCACGCGUCAGUACCUGGAGACUGAGCUGCGGCGAGCUCAGGAAGAGCUGGACAAGUUCACCGAUAAACUGCGUCGGAUCCAAAGCAGCUAUUCUGCCCUGCAGAGGAUCAACCAAGAUCUGGAAGAGAAGAUUCACAGAGAUUCUCAGCAUCACGACGACGAGAAGCGAGCGCUGAGCCGAGAGAUCAUCGUGCUCAACAACCACCUGAUGGAGGCCAAGCUCACCAUCGACAAGCUUCAGGGGGACAAUGAUGUCUACAGGAAGGAUUGUAACUUGGCUGCUCAGCUUCUGCAAUGCAACAAGUCCCUUUACAGGGCCCAGCUCUCCGAGCUCCCGACUGACUUUCAGGAGCGACUGACUAUGCACAUGGAAGAGACUCCGCUCUGCCGCACGUACUCGGAUUCCAUGUCGGCCUCGCUCAUCGGGCAGGUGCUGGAGAAGCCCGACGAGUUGUGCAGCAGCAGCCAAGCCUCGCGCUCGGCUAGCCCUCGCACGCCGGACCACGCUUUCGUCCUGGAGCCGUUGGGCCAAAGGGAGCAGCUCGGUUUGCGUGCGGCCUACAAGUCCGACCUGUACAGCAGCGACACCGCCCUUUACUGCCCCGACGACCGGCACCGGGAGCGCAGGCCCAGCAUGGACCUUCACGGUCAGAGAAAGCUCCUCUUUGAACCGCAGAAUUCCACUGACAGCAACCCAGAGGAGUGCUCAGUGGGCUUGAGAGCUGCUUUCACCCAGGACCUCUUUGCUGAGUUCCCCCCCUUGGGGGCAGGCUCUAGUUCCUACUCCAGCUUCAGCGGAGGGGGCUCGGAAGACAAAGCCAACGGCCCGCUGAGCAGUGCCGCUUCCUCGCCGCGCCAUCGCACCCUCUACAUGGACUGGAGGGAUGCCGGGGACUACGAGAGGAAGAGUGACUCGUCCUGGGAGAGGGAUAGUCCCGGAGGGUUCGGUAACAAUCAUCCCUUCCAGCAGACGGAGAUGAUCCACCAGCAGAACAGCAGCUCGCCCGUGUACAGCCGCACCAUGUCCUCCUGUUUCAGCGAGCCCUACGAGCCCCUUCCUCCAUCGUCCUCCCCGAGCGUCGCCUACGGAGACAGCCGCCGAGGAAGCACCCUGGCCCCCGAGGAGGAGGAGCUGAUCGGAAGAUGGCGGCAGCUCAGCGCCGAAGACUUGAGCUCGCACUCCUACCGCAGUCCCGGUCGGGCUUCCCCGUACAGCUUCUCCGAGCAGCACUUCUCCGUGAGGCCGGCCAAGAUCCGCCUGGGCCCGCUCUACAGCAGCUUCCAGGAAGGCGCCGACUACUACCACCAGCAGGGAGCAGGCAGCGUGCAGGAUCCAAUGUGGGUUGCCGCCAGUCCCGAGUGCAGCCCGGUGCUCCGCCAGGCUCACAGCCAAGCCCACGUGUAUGAGGACAGCAAAGGCUCCGAGCACAGCCUCUACCACUCGGGCGACUCCAAAGACCUGGAGGGCAACGAGGCAUCCGGAGGUCAAAGUGUGGAUUACGGGGACCAAAGCCCCAACAGCUCCACCGAAUCCCUCCACCGCCGUUCCUUGGAGAUGACAGCGGACCUUCAGCACUACCAAGUGGAGAUGCACAACCUGUCUGCCCAGGUGAGCCCGUCGUCGCCACCACCGGCCCCACCACCUCCGCCGCUGUACCACCAAAAAGUCGGCUCUCUGGGACUUUCCCGGAAAGACAGCCUGACCAAGGCGCAGUUGUACGGAACGCUCCUCAACUGAAGAACCUUGCACAAACGGGAAUAGAAGCCACAGAAGUGUAUGUGUUGACCGGUGAGGACAGGAAAGUGAUACAUUUGUAAGAACGUGUGCAGCGGUACCUUGACUUACAAGAGUUUAUGGAGCUUAGUCAAUUUUCACAAAUUUCAAUUGUAGCACGUGAAGCGCGAUAGAAAGGAGAGAGAGAGGCACCAAUGCACUUUUAGUCGUUUAUUAUUGAACAGGACAAAUAGUCCAAGUUAAAAAUCUCACAAGGAGCAUGGAGGAGACUUGACUAACUGCUUCGUACUUAGCCAC